AAAGGUGAAGGCUGCUCCAUGCGUCUGGGGGUGGUACCGGGGGGCUCUUCUGCUCAAACCCCACCUCCAGACAAGUUCCUGCCGGAGACAGCAGCAGUGACAACUCCUCUCUCUGCCGGCUCCUCGGCCUCAGCUCCUGGAUUCUGUCCCUCUGCAGGGCCCGGACAUUUUCACCGCCAUGGAGCUCCUUUACGCGCUGGUAUUUCUCGGCGUUGUUGCGCCUUUUCGCGCGUCCGACUCCAAUCUGAGCAACUCGGUUUUGGAGCCUUGUGAUUUCCUCUUCGACACGGCGGUGGAAGCCUACUACAAGGGGGACUGGCUGUCGGUUAUCCUGAACAUGGAGAAGGCUCUCAGGAACAAAGCUACGGUCCGCAACGUGAAGGCUCAGUGCCGGAUCAGCUGCGCCAAUCAGAGCGCUUUCGGCGAGCCUCUGGCCGGCCUUGGAGUUCCCAUCCCCGGGGCCGGAUCUGUGGAGGACCUGGGCUUCUUCCAGAAAAUCCUGAAGCGGGCGGAUUGUGUGAACUCCUGCGAAACUGAGAAACUCGGUUCAGCAACUUUGCAUCAAGUUGGUGAAGAAGUGGAGCUGGAGUUUAAGAAGAGGACUCCCUAUAAUUACUUACAAGUGGCCUAUUUUAAGAUCAAUAAGCUGGACAAGGCAGUGGCGGCUGCCAACACGUUCUUCCUGGCCAACCCGGAUCACAUGGAGAUGAGACAGAACCUGGAGUACUACAGGAUGAUGGCAGGAGUACAGGAAGAGGACUUCAAAGAUUUGGAGGCCAGACCCAACAUGGCUGAGUUUCUUGCGGGGAAGAGCUACUACAGCGACGACUCCUUCGGCCUGGCGGCUCAGCACUUCGAGGCGGCCGUGGAGGAGUAUUUCACAGCCAACAAGGAGUGCAGAGCUCUGUGUGAGGGAUCCUACAACUACGACGGAUACAACUACAUGGAGUACAGCGCAGACCUGUUCCAGAGUGUGACUGACCACUACAUGCAGGUGCUGAACUGUAAGCAGCACUGCUCCGUGGAGUUGGCCUCCACCGCCGGCAGAGACAAGCCCUUUGAGGAUUUCUUGCCCUCGCACUUCAACUACCUGCAGUUCUCCUACUACAACAGUGAGAAAUACGAGCAGGCCAUCGAGUGCGCUAAGACCUACCUGAUGUUCCACCCCGAAGACGAGGUGAUGAACCAGAACCUGAAUUAUUAUUCUGCCGUGCUGGGCGAAGACAAGGCGGCCACCAUAUCAGCCAGACAGGUACAGUACCGUCACCUUUAA